AUGGGGCGCACCCCUCCUGACUUCUUGGGCACCAAGAAGUACGGGAACUACAGCCCCUUGGGGAGUACAGGACCUGGAAAACUUGCCCCGAGUACCCCCCACUCUCCUGGUGCUCCCACAGGAGAGAGAGAGGGGGGGGGGGGGUGCUCCAAAGGGGGUUUCCCUAAACGCUAUGCUGCGGAGCAGGUGCGGGUGAACGGCUUUGGCAUGUUUGUUUUCGUGGUAUAUCCAGGUGCUUUUGUCGACCUCUUCACCACUCAUCUGAACCUCAUCUCUCCAACGCAGCAGCUUCGAAUCUUCUGUGCUGGUGUGUGGCAUAACUUCAUGUUGUGCGUGGCGGCGUUGGCAUUCCUCUUCUUGUUGCCAGUGUUUUUGUUCCCAGUUUACACCACUGGAGCUGGAGCGCUGGUCACUGAUGUGAUUCAGGGCUCCGCUGCAGAUGGUCCAAGAGGUCUCUCGGUGGGAGACAUAGUGACUGGGCUGGAGGACUGUCCAGUUAGAGGGGUGGAGGACUGGGCCCAGUGUUUGUCUCAUGUGUCCCACUUUCCACAAAGCGGAUACUGUGUCCCCACCGCCAGCCUGCAGCCCAGCUGGGCCCACGGCCGACCUUACAAGCGUCUGGACGGGACAGUGGACUGCUGCAGUAACAACAGCCUCACUGACCUGUGCUUCUCUUACACUAAAUCCCAGGGUCGAGGCGUCCGUGACAAAGAGUUCGCCUGUAUGCCGGUGCGUAAGAUGGUGAUUGGGACCAGCGUGUGCCGCACAGACAAGGACUGUGCGGAGGCAACGCUCUCCAGCGUCUCCAGAGUGUGUGUGACGCCCUCGUUAGAAAACCAGACCCGAUUCAUCAGAGUGACCCACCCCCCACAUUCACACAUGCUGUUUGUGGGCUAUCCUCCACACCUGCACUACGCUGUGAGUCUGACCAACUUUGUUCCUCGGUUUGGAUUCCUGCACCUGGACCUGCCUGUGUUCCUGGAGACAUUCUGCAAAUACGUGGUGUCGCUGUCCGGGGCGUUGGCGGUGGUGAACUCGGUGCCGUGUUUCGCUCUGGACGGACAGUGGAUGCUGAACGCCCUGUUGGAGGCUACACUGGUUACCAUAGUGACCGACAGGCAGAAACGCGAGCUGAUUGGGUUCUUUCUGCUACUAGUCGGGAGUGCAUUGCUAGCUGCUAACGUGGCUCUGGGUCUGUGGAUGGUCACGGCGAGGUAA